AUGUCUCUAGCACGCACAAUGUUAUGCAAAACCAAACAGAGGUGGCCAAGUGGUUUUAUGUGCAGAUUUUUAAGUGCAGCAGAAGUUUCCACUGCUCUACGCCCAUUUUACUUCAGUGUCCACCCCGACUUAUUUGGAAAGUACCCUGAACAAAGGAAAAUCAAUGAAAAUUCAUUACAACAGUUAAGUGCAGUGCUAGAAGCUCAACAAUCCAGAAAAAGAAUAAAUAUAUCAUCUCUACCAUUUUAUUUAAGACAAAAAGAUAUGCCUGAGGGUGCAUUUAAGCUAGUCAACAUCCCGUUGAAUGGCAGCACUGUAAGAGAGACAGUUGUCAAAGUUUUAUGUGCCUGUGAAAUGUCCACAACCUACGUUGAUAAGAUACCUAAAGACACAAGACUACCAAAUACUAGCCAGUAUAACUUUACAAAAACAUAUGAUGACUACAGUAAUGAAUUUGAAAAGGUUGCACAUAUGAAGCGGAAGGUUCAGGAGAAAAAGGCUAUAAAUAAUUUAGAAGAAUGGUUAUUCACAAACAGUGGACUUGCUAAGGAGAAAUAUGAAUCAGCAAGAGCAACCCGAGACCAGGUGCAAAGUUUGAUAGACAAACUUUGCAAAAACUAUGGUAUUAAAGAAGUAAAAUACGACAGGGGUUGGAAUAUAAGUCAUAUACGAGGAGCACUUCAAAGCCUCGUAUCAUUAGCGAUACAGCAUCCUGCAGUUAUGGGUAAUUUAAAAGAUAGAACCAUAGCACUGGGCCAAUUUACAGGGGUCAGUUUGGAUGGUGAUGUUUUUCUAAACAUAAUGGAUGUUCGAAAUGAAUGGUUAUCGCUUAUCAAAAAAGUAAGCCAAGAAGACAGUGCUCUAUUGAAAAUACCAAACUACGAAAAAACUCUAUCCAGUAUACUGAGGGAUAUACAUAUCUGUAGAAGGAAAUUCAUGCCGAAAGUAUCAGCAGCGCAGUACUGCAAUCAUCUGAGACAACUGAUUACUUCUAUAGGUGAUUUUUAUGGCAAGGGUUGUAAAUUUCCUGCAAGUAUUCCGGAGUCACUCAACAAGUAUGAAAUAGUUGUUGAACCUGAAGCUGGACCCUUAAUGGUAUCACCUACGGGUCAAUUCAUUACUCCGUCGUCUUGUCCUGCAGAAGAACUGGUGGCUUACAUAGCCAAGCACCUUGACUUGGCUACGCAACUAAUGACUGAAUACAGCAUAAACAAACAUGUUGAAAGAGCUCUUCAUAAAGAAGUAAAAGAAAGAUUCGGUCUACUGGAUUUGCAAAAAGAUGAUAGUAUAACGCCAGGUUUAAUGAUAUCAUGUUGUCAGAGAUUACUUACUAGGAGUCCAGCACUGAGUGAGAAACUUCAAGGAAACCGUCUAUAUAUAACUCAUUACUAUUCAGUGUUAUCAGAGGGAAUAUUAUGUAUACCUUGGAAUUUCAAAUCGUGA